AUGACAAAUUGUACACCUGAUCUUUUGUUUUCGAGUAGAUACUCCAUGCCAUUUGCUCUACUUGCUCCUUUUGUUACUGGUGAGGUGAAGAUCCGGGUCUUCACUCUCGCAUUGGCAAUAGCUGCCUCCAUGUUGUUUCCCUCGGAUAGACGGUGUUUACUUGUAUCAUUGCCCUUUAAGCAACUAAGUGUUGAGUUUCGUCCUCCAUUGGGUGUCAAUGAUGUUACCCUCACCGACUUUGCACUCCACACUUCCACCCACAAUUACAUCGAGCAUGUCAGCUCCGACUUCUAUACCUAUUGCCAUCCCUGGUCCAAGUUACCUACCCCACCUAAUUUUGUACCCCCACAGAUGCAUUUUGCUAGUCCUUCUUUGGGGUUAUCUAUACGCCCUCCAAAAUUGCAGCUUAGUGAGUUUACUGGAUCUGAGCCUGUUGAUUGGUUAUUUCAGGCUGAUCAAUAUUUCUUGUUUUAUCAAGUUCCUUGGGAGCAACGUGUUUCCAUUGCAGGUUUUUAUAUGCGGGGGGAAGCCCUGAGUUGGUUUAAAUGGAUGCAUGGUAACCAACAAUUGCGCGAUUGGUCACACUUUGUUAAUGCUUUGAAAUUGCGUUUUGGGCCGUCAAUCUAUGCCAAUCAUGAGCAAGAUCUGUAUAAGUUACGUAAGGUGGGUUCUGUUGCGGACUAUCAGGAUGCUUUUGAAAAAUUGUCUAAUCAGGUUUAUGGUUUAUCUUCAACUUCCUUACUGAAUUGUUUCAUAUCGGGGUUAAGCCCUGCCAUCAAACGUGAACUGGUUAUUUUACAACCGCAAUCUAUUACUCAAGCCAUGGGGUUAGCAAAAUUAAUUGAGGAUAAAUUGCAAGAUUCUAAACCUCGUUUCUCUCGUUCCCAAACUUCAUCUAACUCACCUUCUACAAUUUCCAACUCACCCACCCUAAUACAAUCACAUAAGCCUACUCCUCCUACCACUCCCUUACCCACUUCCUCCCCUAUACCAAUAAAAAAAUUGUCCCAACAACAGCUCCAUGAACGGCGUGCCACUGGUUUGUGUUUUCAUUGUGACGAAAAAUAUUUUUUUGGCCAUAAAUAUGCUACUCCAAAGUUUUUGCUGUUAUUGGAUGAUGAAGAUUCUUCUAUUCCCAUUCCUGAGGAACCUGGAAAUGUUGAGGAAAUCAUAGAGGAUUCCACCCCUUCUGACCCCGGCAUUCAUUUUCAAUUAUCUACCUAUACUCUUACAGGUCAACUGACAUCCCAGAAUCUGAAGUUUCAAGGUGAAAUUCAUGGCCACAAGAUUCAUAUCCUCAUUGACACCGGCAGCACGCACAACAUUGUGCAACCUCGCGUUGCUAAGUUCUUGAAUUUGGUUACUAUUCCUACAACUCCAUUCAAAGUUAUGGUUAGAAAUGGAGAACAUAUUUCUUGUUCUCAUGUUUGCCCUUUAGUACCUAUUAUGAUUCAAACACAUGAGUUUUUUGUUUCACUGUAUGUUUUACCCAUUGAAGGUGCUGAUAUAGUUUUGGGCUUGUCCUGGUUGCGGACCUUAGGCCUGGUAACUGCUGAUUUUUCCAUUCCUUCAUUCUCCUUUACCCACCAAAACCAACAACUCACCAUCACUGCAGACUCCACCAAUCUCAGCCACGCCUCAUUUCACCAAUUUUGUGCUCUGGUUCAUCAACAAUCAAUAUCCCAAUUCCAUUUGUUAUCUAUCACCUCCGUUUCCACCUUGACAGAUUCUACGACCUUGGACCUCACCCCGACAUUUCCCACUUACUCCACUCCUACGCCUCUGUACAUGCUCACAGAUGGGAUCAUUCAACCCAGCAAUAGCCCAUUUUCCUCCUCAAUCCUACUUAUUAAAAAGAAAGAUGGAACUUGGCGUUUUUGCGUUGAUUACAGAGCCCUUAAUGCAUUGACCAUUAAAGAUAGAUUUCCUAUCCCAACUAUUGAUGAGCUACUGGAUGAGUUAAGCCAUGCUAAGGUGUUUACUAAGCUCGACUUGCAAUCUGGUUAUGCAUCGUUAGCCUCUCCUCUCACCGACCUCCUAAAGGCUAUUACAUACAAAUGGAAUGAGGCAGACCAAAAGGCUUUUAAAGAGCUUAAACAACAAAUCACAAAUAGUCCUACACUAAUUCUUCCAGAUUUCAACCAAGCCUUUGUCCUCGAAACUGAUGCUUCAGUCGUCGCCGUCGGUGUUGUAUUAUCCCAAAACCAUCAUCCAGUGGCAUUUUUUAGCAAGAAGUUGGGGAAGAAAAUGCAAACAGAAUCAGUUUACGUGAGAGAAAUGUAUGCUAUUAUUGAAUCAGUAAAGAAGUGGAGACAUUACCUUUUGGGACGAAAGUUUAAGAUCAUCACGGAUCAGCAGAGUCUCCAACAUUUGCUCACUCAGGAUCUACACACACCAGAACAACAACGUUGGCUAUCCAAGUUACUUGGUUUUGAUUUUGAGGUUCUGUAUAGGCCUAGCAGACAUAAGCUUGCUGCUGAUGCAUUGUCCCGACCUCCACCUCCAUUUUCGAAUGUGAUGUUGUUGGCCAUUUCCUUGGUCAUUCCUCAAUACCUCCAAUAG